GCGCCGGGGAGUCCUUCGCUGUUUCCUCGGGCGGCGGCCACCCGCCCCCAGAUGGUGGGUCCGGAGGAUGCCGGAGGCUGCCCGGGGAGAAACGCCAAGUUGUUGCCGGUGCCGGCCCUGGAGCCUGUGGGCCAGGACGGGAAGAUGAUCCGGGCCACGGGCGGCUUUGGCGGAGGCGUCGGCGCUGUGGAACCGCCAGAGGAGGCUGAGGAGGAGGAGGAGACGCCGCCUCGGCAGCUCCUCCAGCGUUACCUCGCGGCGGCCGGGGGUCAGCUGGAACCCGGGCUCUGUUACUGUUCGCUCCCCGCCGGCCAGGCCCGCGCUCCGCCGCCCUCGGCAGCCCUGCGCUCGGACGCCUGCCCGCUGGGCUCGGGCUCCAAGCACCGCGACGCAGAGGCAGCGGAUGCCCGCGCGCCGCGGCACGGAGGCAUGACCAACGGGGACUCGGGCUUUCUGCCCGGCCGAGACUGUCGCGACCUGGAAGAGGCUCACGGGCUGGCCCGCGCCGGCGGCCGGGAGUCGCUCCGCCGCCGCCCCUGCGGCCGCCUCCGCCUGGAGGGGCCUGGCGACGAGGACGCGGACGGCACGGGAAGCUCGUCCGACUGGGCCGCGCCACUCGAAGACCCGCUGCGGAGCUGCUGCUUGGUGGUCGCGGACGCCGAGGACCCCGAGGGCGCGGGCAGCGGCUCGGGGGGCAGUUUGGCCAGCGGCGGCAGUAUUAGCGAAGGCUUAGAGCAGCCGGGAGCCGGCGCGGGGGGUGCCGAGGAGGGCGCGGCCCCCGUCACCUUGGCGGAGAGGACUAGUGGGGGCGCGGAGGCGCGCCUCGGCUUUCCCGACGUUCAUUUGAACUCCCGGAAUACGUUCGAGGUGAGCCGCCGCCAGAGCGCCCGCGACCACCUGCCCUCGUCGGGGCAGCCAGUGCCCUCGCCCGCUGCGGAACAGGGUCCCACGGGGACCUCGGCCCGGGCUCGACGGAGCGGCGGCUUCGCUGACUUCUUCGCCAGAAACCUUUUUCCAAAAAGGACAAAGGAACUCAAAUCAGUUGUCCAUAGUGCUCCUGGUUGGAAAUUAUUUGGUAAAGUCCCUCCCAGAGAGAAUCUUCAGAAAACUUCCAAAAUCAUUCAACAGGAAUAUGAAGCACGAACAGGGAGGACUUGUAAACCACCACCUCAGUCUUCAAGACGUAAGAAUUUUGAAUUUGAGCCACUUUCUACCACUGCCCUGAUUCUUGAGGAUCGACCAUCGCGUAGUACAAGAAGAGUUCGAGAAUUGUGGUGGCAGGGAUUGCCCCCUAGUGUUCGUGGGAAAGUUUGGAGUCUAGCUGUAGGAAAUGAACUAAAUAUCACUCCUGGUUUGUAUUCUCCAAGUGAUCAUUUAAAUUUUAUCUACUUGGCAAAUGCAGGUGUAUCUGUUGCUGAUCGAGAGGCCAGUCUGGAAUUAAUUAAGUUGGACAUAUCCCGUACGUUUCCAUCUCUCUACAUCUUUCAGAAGGGUGGUCCAUAUCACGAUGUGUUACAUAGUAUCUUAGGGGCAUAUACAUGUUACCGACCUGAUGUUGGUUAUGUCCAAGGGAUGUCCUUCAUUGCAGCAGUACUCAUUCUUAAUUUGGAAGAGGCAGAUGCAUUCAUUGCAUUUGCAAAUCUCCUGAAUAAGCCCUGCCAAUUGGCCUUUUUUCGUGUGGAUCACAGCAUGAUGUUGAAAUAUUUUGCGGCAUUUGAAGUAUUCUUUGAAGAAAAUCUCUCCAAACUAUUUCUACAUUUCAAGUCUUACAGUCUUACACCAGAUAUAUACUUGAUAGACUGGAUUUUCACACUGUAUAGCAAAUCACUACCACUUGAUCUGGCCUGUCGAGUCUGGGAUGUAUUUUGCAGAGAUGGGGAAGAAUUUUUAUUUAGGACUGGAUUAGGAAUCCUCCGAUUAUAUGAAGAUAUUCUCCUACAGAUGGACUUCAUCCAUAUAGCACAGUUUCUAACUAAAUUGCCAGAAGAUAUCACAUCAGAAAAGCUGUUCAGCUGUAUUGCAGCCAUUCAAAUGCAGAAUAGCACCAAAAAAUGGACUCAGGUCUUUGCAUCUGUAAUGAAGGAUAUUAAAGAAGGAGAUAAGAACAGUAGUCCUGCUCUGAAAAGCUGA